UGUUCAUCAUAGAAGAUGGGUCCUGCCCAAAAGGAGAAUACUAUUAUAUUGAUCCGACAUCCAACUGUGAAGUGGGCACAAAGAUCUGACAAGAUCUACCUCACAGUUGAGUUGCCUGAUGCGAAAGAUGUGAAGGUUAAGCUUGAGCCUGAAGGAAGAUUCAUUUUCUCUGCCACAAAAGAUGGUAUACCAUAUGAAGUUGACAUUGAGUUAUAUGACAAGAUCAAUGUUGAGGAAAGUAAGGUUAGUAGUGGUGUAAGAAAUAUAGUCUACGUUAUAAAGAAAGCCGAGAAUAAAUGGUGGGGUAAGCUAGUCAAGCAAGAAGCAAAAUCUCCUGUGUUCCUCAAAGUGGAUUGGGAUAAGUGGGUUGAUGAGGAUGAGGAAAACGAGAAAGCUGGAAUGGACUUUGGUGACAUGGACUUCUCGAACUUAAACAUGGGUGGGGAUGAUUUUGAUAUGGAUAAACCAAAGGAUGAGAAAGAAGAAACAGAAGCAAAAGAAGAGGAGGAAACCAAAAGGAAGGAGAAGGGGGACCUUCUGCAGCGGCUGCUGAGGAGACUAAUGCUUGAUUGCAUUCCCCAAAGAUAAAUGUAGACCAAAAAAUUGCUGACAAUUACAGAGACACAGAAAUGAGUCUUUAUCUUGUGUCGAGGUUUGUAAUAUGCUGAACUAUAACUCAGUGUGUAGUUGAGAGUAAUGUAUGAAGGCUAUCUUUUUCUCAAAACUUUGUUGCACUUGCUAUUUUGAUCUUCUUAUUUCUGCAGCUAUUUGGCA